UGCACGUUCUUUAUGCACAGUCGACUAUUGCUUUUCCCGUUGCCCACAAUGAGGGUUGUCUCAAUUGCUCUAAUUACCACUGCCUUACUCCUAGCUCUAUUGGGGGCUGAAGCUGACAUCCGGAGGGAAUGUCGCAAGCAGACUGGUGUCUCCUGGGGUGGGUUGAAGAAACUGCGGGCGGGGAAUUUCCAGCCGGAGGAUAGAAAACUCAAGUGCUAUAUCAAGUGUUUCCUGCAGAAGAAUGGAAUUUUUGGGGAAACGGAUAUUGAUAUUGAUAAGACCCUCAGGCAUCUACCGUGGGGCAUUCAGGGAUCUUCCAGAAAAAUUCUCGAGAGGUGCAAAAAAAUUCCGAGCAGAGAUACAUGUGAUAAGGCAUUCCAGAUAUUGAAAUGUUAUCACAAGGCUGAACCGCAGAUAUUGAAGAUUGUUGCCUUUGUGUAGAAAUUGAAGGAAGUUGUAAAGAAAAUUAUUUAUCAACAUUAGGAUUUUCAAUUCAUAGACUAUUUUCAGAAUUUUAUCCGUAAUGAUUUAUUUCAAUUUUAUUGCAAAAGUUCUCCUGUUUUAUUUUGCCAACUUUUUAAACAGCGGCCGGCAAGAAAAUUCCGCACUUAUCGAUUUACCGACUAGCCCCUUUCGUUCAUUUGAAAUUGACUGUACCGAGUUUAACGAGAGGUGGGAGUACAGUAUCAAGACGUAAAAAAUUCUGGAAUAAAUGAAUUUUUUAAUUCCCCGGACGAAUGCAGAAUGAGCUCUUCAUUCCCUGACGAUCCGUCCAUCCAUUCAAGUUAACAACACGAUGUUUAUACGGCUAAAAAUAAUUGUGCAUAAAAAAUUAUAUAUCCUCCAUUGAAAAAAAUUAUCAAUGUUUUGUCAUAAUUACUGUCACUUCGCAUUGUAGCGACAGUAAAAAUA